GUCUUGUGAUUGACUAGUGCACUACCUUUAGACGACAUGGCCGUCUUCAUGAUAAACAUCUGUAAAUUUAAUGCCUGUGGCAUAAUAUUUCCGAGAUUACCGCAGUUAAUUGAGCAUAUCGAAGACGUUCAUAUUGAUUAUGAUCCAGAAGUAAUAGAACAAAAAGAAGCGUCGCAGCCAGCAUGUGUUCCUUUGAGUUAUGUUUUACGAUUUUACACGCAUAGCUCUAAAAGAGAGAUUAAUAAUAUGCCUCCUGCGUCGGAUGUUCGCCGACGACAUCCUUCAGCACCGACCACACCAUCGGUUCGUAGCAGCACUCCCACAGGCAGCGAGAUAGAUGAAGAUGAGAUGAUUUCAGAGUCGGAGGAUAGCAAUGACUCGUGGACUACGGUUGAAGAAUACAGCUCUGAUUACAUUCUUAGAUAUGGUAUCAAAAUGAACGCGAACGCUUCGUCUGGGGCAUUGGGUCCUGCCGCUCAGGAAAAGCCAUUUGCGUGCCCAGUACCGGGCUGCAACAAGAGAUAUAAAAAUGUGAAUGGUAUUAAAUACCACUCAAAGAAUGGGCAUAAGAAAGAUGGCAAGAUCAAAAAGGCUUACAAAUGUCAAUGCGGCAAAAGUUACAAAACAUCUCAAGGCCUUAGGGGACAUUCGAUAUCGUAUCAUAUGACGCAGGGCAGUCCUCCGCCGCCGCCGCCGCAGCCGCAGCCGCAAGUGGCUGGUAUCGUGGUCACAGCGUCGCCCGCUCACUCCUUCGCCACUCUAGGCAGCCUUGGGACGCUCGAUGGAAAGAAACUGGUUCGCAUAUACGACUCCAUCAGGACUAAACACCUGCCGUCCUUCACUAUUCCGAAGCACAGUCUCGCUAGCCUCAACAUAGUCCAGGCCCGUCAGCCGGGACCCUCCACGUCAAAUCCAGCACCCGGAUCCAGCCAAGUCGACAAUAAGAAGCCCGGCUCGCCAAAGGUAAAUCUUCAAAAAGCACGACCUUCUAAGCCGCCUACGCCUAAUAAAGGCGAUGAUAUGUCUGAUUAAUUUUCUUCGUGAUCGCCAUAAAAAGUAACUGGCACUGCAGGGGCUGAGCACUUACGUAACGAAUUUAAACUCAUUAGUGUAGUUAUAUUGCAGUUCCUAUGUAAAAAAGCGGUUUUAAUUUAUUUCAUUGUAUUUAUUAGUCAUGUUUUGUUACUACUCAUUAUAUGAAGGUGUCCACUGCUUGCGUGAGUGUAUUCGUAAUAAUGAUUAAUAUUUUAGAUGCACAAGAUAUUGUAUAUCGCACCUUCAUCUAACGAGGAUCGAUGUGUUGGAAAUUUUUGUUUGAUUGUUGUUAUUUUAUUUUGAAGAUUUUUAUACUAAUUUGUAUUUAUGAAUGUUUUUUUAUUUAAAAAUGGAUGUUCAGAAAAAGGCUAUUAUGUAUAAAUGGUGCAAUUUUAUUCGUUUUCAAGGCUCCAUAUUUUUUUUCGAAUCAGUCAGUGUUGGUCAAUUUUUGAGUUUUCUUUUUUU